AUGGAUGUCUCCACAGCAUCACAUGAAGAUACGCUUAAAAAGCGUUAUGCUGAACUUGCGGAGAAAACAACUAUGGCAAUAGCUAACGAAGGACUACCACCAAACACCAAUGAUCGAUCAGUAAUUCCAAAUUCUCUUCCGCCAUUGCCACGUUAUGACCCACCACCACCACGCCGACCUCAACGUGAACGAGAUAUGGAUCCUCGUAUGUUUUUUCCAACAUCGGGUCAUCUGGGUUUUGAUAUAGUCAAACUGACCACGGAGCUACCAUCGAUUGAAACAGUUCGUGAAAUGAUCAUAUAUGAGACACGUCUUCGGUUGUCGAAUUCAAUUCAAGAAAUUAUGGAUCAGUACCAUACUGAUGAGGUUGCUGUUACAAUUUGUAGUUUCGUUCACAAUCUCAUUCAACAACAUGUAGUAGAACAUUUUGGCUAUCAUGAUGUCAAUGCACUACGCACUGCUUUAUAUCGUUUUCCAAAUGAUCCAGUUAUUCAAUGUAGAUGA